GCUGGGUGGCGGCGGGCGGCUGGCGCUGGCGAUGGGGAAGAAGUGUCGGGCGGCGCCCGGCCGCAGGCCCAUCCUGCAGCUGUCCCCGCCGGGGCCCCGUGGCGGCGGCGGCGGCGGAGGCGGCGGCCCGGGCCGCGAUCUCGAAGCGGAGUCGGAGUCGGAGGUGGAGUGCGAGGCGCCGGCCCCCGGCCCUCCCGCCGCCCCCGGAGAACCGCCCUCCCAAGAUGAACAAGAAGUUGUUGUGGAGGUUCCGAAAAUUGUCGUUCCGAACCCUCCAAAACCAGUCAUGACCACCAGACCUACAGCCGUUAAAGCAACAGGCGGUUUGUGCUUGCUUGGGGCGUAUGCAGACAGUGAUGAUGAAGAAAAUGAAGUCUCUGAAAAGUCAACGCAGUCUACAGAGCCGAAUGGAAACCAGUCAACUGACAUUGAUAGCACAUUGGCAAACUUCCUUGCGGAGAUUGAUGCCAUAACUGCUCCCCAGCCAGCAACGUCCGUUACCCCGUCUUCGGCUCCACCUCCUACUCCACCAAGGCCAGAACCCAAGGAGACGGCAACCUCAGGAGUUUCUUCUGCCACUGCAAAUGGGACAGGCUCAGUCCAGGCCUCGGGGUGGCAAUAUGACACCCAGUGUUCCCUGGCAGGAGUGGGAGUUGAGAUGGGAGAUUGGCAAGAAGUUUGGGAUGAGAACACCGGAUGCCAUUACUAUUGGAAUACACAAAGUAAUGAAGUGACUUGGGAGCUGCCGCAGUAUCUUGCCACACAGGUGCAGGGGAUACAGCAUUACCAACACAGCUCUGUUACAGGCACCGAAGCAAAUUUCCUGGUGACUACAGAUGUCUAUUCGAAAGAGAAAGCUGUGACUGUUGCCAGUACUAAGAGUACAACAGGUCUUGUCAAGCGAGAAGUGAAAAAGGAGGUGAAUGAAGGGAUCCAGGCUCUUUCGAAUAGUGAAGAGGAGAAAAAGGGAGUAGCAGCCUCCCUGUUGGCUCCUUUGCUGCCUGACGGGGUAAAGGAGGAAGAGGAGCGGUGGAGAAGAAAAGUGAUUUGUAAGGAAGAAGUAGAGCCGGCAUCUGAAAAGGACGCAGCUACCACUUCAGAAGAAGUAGCGACAGCUUUAAAACCAUUAGAGACUACACUGGACAAUGGAGAGGAACCUUCUCAGGAGGAUCUUUGCAGUGUUGUUCAGUCGGGAGAAAGCGAGGAGGAAGAAGAGGAGCAGGAUACGCUUGAACUGGAGCUAGUAUUGGAAAGGAAAAAAGCAGAAUUGCGAGCCUUGGAAGAAGGAGAUGGUAGCGUGUCAGGGUCUAGUCCACGUUCGGAUAUCAGCCAGUCAGCGUCUCAGGACGGGAUGCGUAGACUGAUGUCGAAAAGAGGAAAAUGGAAGCUGUUCGUUCGAGCAGCUAGUCCGGAAUCUACCAGCCGGGGUUCUAGCAAAACCGGUAGAGAGAGUCCCGAAAAUGGUGAUGUGGCAGUGGGCACUGAAAAUUCAGAGAAAGUCAAUGAGAGUUCAGACAAAGAAUUGGAGACAGAAGAGUCUCAAGAGAAAACAAAAGCACAGACAGUGCCGAAAACUGAAGAACAAGAUCUAAAAUUUCAGAUUGGUGAGUUGGCAAAUACCCUGACCAGUAAACUGGAAUUUCUUGGCAUCAGCAGACAAUCCAUCUCCAACUUUCAUGUGCUGCUGUUACAGACUGAGACAAGGAUCGCAGACUGGCGAGAAGGAGCUCUCAAUGGAAACUACCUCAAAAGAAAACUUCAGGAUGCAGCAGAACAACUAAAACAGUAUGAAAUAAACGCCACUCCCAAAGGCUGGUCCUGCCACUGGGACAGGGAUCAUAGACGCUAUUUCUAUGUAAACGAGCAGUCGGGCGAGUCCCAAUGGGAGUUCCCAGAUGGUGAAGAGGAGGAAGAGGAAGGCCAAGCAUUAGAAAAUAGAGCAGAAGCUCUACCUAAGCAGGUUCUGAAAGAGAAAACUGGCUCCGACACAAACUCUGGGGAAUCCACUGAGAAUGCCACAGGUGAAUGCUUCUGGAUCAACUCCAUGAGAGGUUCUCUUUGUAAAGAGUCAUUUUCUGGCCAAGUCUCUUCAGCGUCCCUUGUGCCACUCACUCCAUUUUGGACUCUCCUUCAGUCAUCUGUCCCUGUGCUCCAACCUCCUUUGCCCUUGGAAAUGCCCCCGCCGCCUCCACCUCCUCCAGAAUCACCUCCACCUCCACCCCCACCUCCUCCUGGAGAAGAUAGUGAGAUCCAGGAAGUAGAAAUGGAGGAUGAGGAAGGUGAGGAGCCUCCUGCCCCAGGAACAGAAGAAGAUACUCCUUUGAAACCUCCUGUCCGCCCAGCAGUAAUCAGUAGCCAGAGUUCAGCUGAUUCCGUCACCUCAAGUUCCCCUUCAGCUAAAGCAGUGAAGAGAAAAGCCACAGAAAUGAGUUCCGGGGCGCUUCAGAGAUCAGCCACCAUUGGCAGCUGCCCAGUCCUCUAUAGCCAGCCAACCAUUACUGCAGGUCCUCAAACCACAGGAAUUGGUCCUCAGACCACAGGGAUCGUCUCCCAAGCCAGGGCCCUGGGCCUGCAGUCAAGUUACCUGGGGCUAGCCGCCACACCAGCUCUCAUGAACUAUGCCGAGUGUCCUGUCUCCGUUGGAGUCACUGCUCCCACGCUCCAGCCAGUUUCGGCCCGAAGCACCCUGCCUGCCCCCAGUGUUAUAGACCCGCCUCAGCCGCCUCAACCGCCUCAACCGCCUCCACCGCCGCCUCCGCCUCCGUCCACUCCCAAAAUGCCACCACCUGAGAAGCCAAAAAAGGGGAAGAAGGAUAAGGGGAAAAAGAGUAAAACCAAAAUGCCAUCUCUGGUGAAGAAAUGGCAGAGUAUCCAGCGUGAGUUAGAUGAAGAAGAGAACUCCAGUUCCAGCGAUGAAGAUCGGGAAUUAACGUCACAGAAACGAAUCGAAGAGUGGAAACAACAGCAGUUAGUCAGUGGCUUGGCAGAGAGAAAUGCUAACUUUGAGGCUCUGCCGGAGGACUGGCGAGCUAGGCUGAAGAGGAGAAAAACUGCUCCAAAUACAUGAAUUCACUUCUGGCAUCUUUUUCUCUCCCUCUCUCUCUACUCCCUCCAGUCUCCUCUCUUUCCUCUCUCUCUCACUCUCUUUUUUUUCUUAUAUGUACAGUUCAAAUUUUUUUUGGUACCAGUUGUACUAUUGUCAAUAAACUGUAAAUGUUUUGAGAGAGAACAUUUGCAUUACACAGGUUUGAGGCAAAAUAUACACAGGCCAAGGCUUCACAUUUGGGAGCAUUUAAACAUAUUGGCAGUUCAUUGAAGUGUGAUUUCAUUGGGGAUCUUUGGAUCGCCCCUGCCUCUCAUUUCAGCUUUUGAAAAUUCAUCAUGUCGAGACCGGUUUCUUUUGAUUUAAUCACAGAACUCCAAGCGGUAGGCUCCUUAUGGGACAUUAGGCUGAUAAUACAAAAUCUUUUCCCGUCUGCGAAUUAGGGUCCGUUUGUGAUUUGAAGCUCUGCCUCAGAAUUCCUACCCUGAACAAGUGCAAUUAAGGAGGAAACAUCUUUUAGUUUUUCCUUUUUUUUUUUUUUUUUUUUUUGGUUUUUUCUUGUUUCAUUUUGGUUUUUCACCCCAGCAUGCUGAAACCAUGAUUAGUCCUUGGGAAGUUUUGACUUCUACUGUUAGCAUAAGGCUGUUGUUCCUGUUCUACACUGUUGAGGUCUCUCAAAAGCUGUUUCCCCAUGUUGAUGAAUGACUGAACUGUGCAAAGAAGGUGUUUUCCAAGCAGGAAAAGAAUGAAAAGUGACUGCUCAUUUCACCUGGACUCAUUAAGUAUUGAAUUUCAGAAUUGGCUCAGAGAUGGGCUUUUAAUAACUUGAACUCUUUUCCUGGCAAUGGGUAUGUCGGGAGCCACUUUAAACCUCCAUCGGAUUUCAUUUGAUCUGGUUUCCUAAGGCGGCUGAUUUUUCUCCAUAACGAUUCCAGUGUUGAAGCAGCGGUGCCCUUAUUUCUAUGUUUUAUUGUAAUCAGGUGAAAGUCACUUUGUUUAAACUGAAGAAAGAGCAAAUUGUAUUUUAAAGGUGUUUGUAUUUCUCCAGUUUUUGACUUUGUAAAUUUGUACAUAUGCACUAAUAAAUUCAUUUUUUAUACUUCCGA